CUGUGAGUGUCAGGCCGUUAUCUUUGGUGAGACGUUCAAAUUCAAAUUUGUGCGGAUGUUGGUUCGUGGGGAUGGGCACGAAAAUGAAUGAGACAUAUAUCGCUUGUGAUCCGACGCAUCAAACAGCUUUAGAUGCAUACGUAAAGAAGCUGAAGGACCAAAUAGCGCUACGUGAGGGAAAACAGAAGGAAUGGUGUCUUGAUGACUUCGAAAUAGGCUGCCCCCUCGGUGAAGGGAAGUUUGGACAUGUGUACAUGGCAAGAGAGAAGACAACUGGGACUAUAAUUGCUCUGAAAGUAAUGCUAAAAUCAGAAAUUGUUCGUGGCAGAGUUGAACGACAAGUUCUCAGAGAGAUCGAGAUACAGACCCAUCUGAGGCAUCCUCACGUCCUACAGCUUUACACAUACUUCUAUGAUGAGAGGAAGAUAUAUUUAAUUUUAGAGUUCGCCGCUAAAGGAGAAUUGUACAAAGUACUUCGUGCGUGCCCAAAUGGACGUUUCACCGAACCUGUAGCGGCAAGAUACAUGUACCAAGUUGCAAACGCUUUGCAGUACUGCCAUGAAAAUAAUGUAAUUCAUCGUGAUAUAAAGCCUGAAAAUCUGCUCCUCACUUCAGAUGAUAAAAUAAAAAUGGCAGACUUUGGUUGGUCUGUACACGCGCCAAGCAAUCGGCGAAAGACGAUGUGUGGCACCCUGGACUAUCUGCCCCCAGAGAUGGUAGAAGGAAAGCCUUACGAUCAUAAUGUAGAUAACUGGUGCAUAGGUGUCCUCUGUUAUGAAUUUCUUGUUGGGAAACCACCCUUUGAAACAGAUUCUUCGAAAAAAACAUACAGUCUGAUACGCGAAGUCAAAUAUAAAAUACCAGACCACGUAUCUGAUUUGGCUAAGGACCUAAUAAGUAAGCUCCUGCAACGGAAUCCAAAGCAGCGUCUCCCGUUAAAACAUGUAAUGACACAUCCUUGGAUACAGAACCAUGUUAAAGACCUUUAAUGUAAAUGUAAAUUGUAUUUGUUCCUUUUACUGUACAUAUCAGAGAGCUGUUAUAUAUCAUACAUGUAGAAUCUUGUAUAUAGACUGCAUUUUUUAAAUGAAAGAUUUAUGUUUGUGAAUGUUUAUAGCAUUUUAAGUAACUUCUCAACACUAAUAAAAGAAUAAUUUUAA